AAACUAGGGUUUGGGUUUGGCUCUCCCCGAGCUCUGCUUUUCUCUGCGCAGAGCCCAAAACCUAACGAGAAUAACCUCAUCUUCCAGUUCGAUUCCCAAUAUGGCUGUGUUCGGGAGAGCCUGAGGCAGCGUGAGUGACUGUGAAUUCUAAGGUUUCUAUCUGUUUCCAAUUUCUAGUAGUUUAGGCUCUUGGAUUAGCUGAUGAUCUAGAAUUUUGUGGCGAUAAUAACGCCUCGAUCUGCUCACUAUUAGUCCCCUGAACCAGCGUGCCAUCCGUGCUCAUCGAUCUUCGUGAUGCAGAAUCGCCAUUUCGCGUGCAGGUGAAGUGCAAGUAGUUGCCAUGGACAUGUAUGUGUGACUCGUAUCCGUUUCAAAACUUGUUGUCUCGCUGGAGCGAGAACUGGGCGGAGUAGGGAAUCAUGUAGCCAGCGUCAUUGUGAGGGAGUUGAGCGGACAUGACGGGCGCAACAGGAAUGGUGUUGGGAAAUUGAUAUCGUUUACAAGACCUCUGCAAUCGUUGUUGUUGUGGUGAGUGGGAACGCAGGCGAGCGAGGAUUGCUUGUUGCGGACAUGGCUACCUCUCGGUUUGGGAGUUUGUGUUACUGGGAUCUAUGUGCUUGCAUGCAUUCUAUCGCUAGGUGCUGAGCCAACUGAGGAGUAUGCAUCCUUUCCAGAGGCUAUUCAAGGGGAAAAAUACACCUGUAUCUACGUCUCGUAAUCGUGGAAAAUUACUGGUUGUUGCGCACCUUUGUGGUUACGCAGUUCCAAACCUUUUGACAACCCGCUCAUCUUUUUUUGUUUUUAGCGUCAGAAAAUACUGGAGGUCCUGGCCCAAUUCCAGUGAUGGCGCAGAACGGGGAAGACGUGGGCGCAAAUGGCCAAGCAGCAGCUACAGCAGAUGUGGAUGAUGACUACUUACGAUGGCAAGAGGAGAUACGACUUGCUGAGGAAGAGGCGGAGGCCAUGAAAGCUGGCAAGUCACACAGAUAUCACAAGGAUUUUCGGAAGCAGGUUGAGUUUACAGAAGAGCCAGUUGUGGCCGCGGUGGAGCAAGCAGAAGAAGCAAGCGCUCCAGAAAACGAGCAAGAGUUUACUGACGAUGAUGGGACUGUAUACAGAUGGGACCAUGGUCGUCAUGCCUGGAUCCCACAAGAGAACAUUCAUGAGCUACCUGCUUAUGGAGCAGAUGAUAUGACAUUCGUACAAGAGGAAGAAGUAUUUCCAGAGCUUCCUGCUGUGAUACCUAGUAUACUGCAAACUGAUGAUGACGUCGAAGACGAAGUAGCAAAUAUUCCUGCCAAGACAGUGGACCUUAAAACUGGUGGUAAGCGGAAAGUUGACGAUACCAAAGAGGCAGUUAAGAAGGAAGCACAAAAGGAACCGGAAGCCUGGUUUGAUCUCAAGGUCAAUACGCACGUGUAUAUUGAUGGCCUCCCUGAAGAUGCAACUAUGGAUGAGGUCGUUGAAGUUUUCUCCAAAUGUGGCGUUAUCAAGGAGGAUCCUGACACUAGGAAACCGCGAAUUAAACUUUAUGUUGAUAAAGCUACAGGAAAACAGAAAGGUGACGGCCUAGUCACAUAUCUCAAGGAGCCAUCAGUAGACUUAGCACUGAGUAUUCUUGAUGGAACAUCUUUGAGACCUGGGGUUGGCCCAAUCAUGUCUGUGACUCGAGCGAAGUUUGAGCAAAAGGGGGAAGUAUUCAUGAAGAAGCAGCAAAAUAAACAAAAGAAAAAGAAGCUGAAACAACAGGAACAAAAGGCACUUGGCUGGGGAGGUUUUGAUGACAAGAAGAAAUUGGAACCCAUGACUGUGAUUCUCAAGCACAUGUUCACACGCUCAGAGCUCCUGGCUGAUCCAAGUUUGUUGCCUGAGGUGGAGGAGGAUGUGAUGACUGAAUGCACCAAAAUUGGACCGAUUGAGAGACUAAGAGUUUACGAGAAUCAUCCAGAGGGGGUGGUCAUGGUGAAGUUUAAAGACAAAACAGCUGGCUUGAAGUGCAUUGAAAUUAUGAACGGUCGCUGGUUUGGUGGAAAGCAAAUCGAGGCUUUUGAAGACCCAGGAACUGUAAAUUACGCUCUGGUCCGGGAUGUUGCGGAGGAAGAAUCAAGGUUGGAACAAUUUGGACGUGAACUUGAGGCCGACUAGAACAUAUCAAGACCUGCCUUGGAGGCUGAUUGCUUGUGGUGCCUUUCAUCCAAAUUGCAUGUAGUUUUCAUAAUCUACUGUGGGACUCGUUCGUUGUAGUCCGGUCUCGUUUAGAUUGCAUCAACCGUCUUAGUAGCCCGCCAUUUCUAGACUUGUGUUCAGAUGUGAAUAUGAACUCGAUGGUGUCUCCUUUUGCACCACUUUUGUUUCUAAUCAAUUUAUGUUGAGAAUGGGAUGUUGUUUUUUGUUUC